GGAGACCCCGUGACCCGGGGGAGCCGUCUGACGAGGGCAGUGCCGUUCCCGCUCCUUCCCAUCAGCCCUGGGACCAGCAGUGCGCCCCUCCCCCUCGGCCCCCAGCAGCCCUGAGUUACUUUCUGGGACGGACCCCCUGUUCAGGACGGGUCACAGACACAGAAUGCAGUGACAUGUGGCCUUGUGUGCCCGGCUUCUCUCGUUCAGGUCUGUGUCUCCCAGGCCCUGGGUCAUGGUGGGACCUGCCAGGGCGUCACCUCUCUGUGUGGCCGAGGGACACUCAGACGUAGGUGCAGACAGACACGCGUGGUGGUGUUCAAUCUCCUGCUCAGGGACUCGGGGACAUUUCUAAACAAUCUGUCCCUGAGCCCAGACUGCUCUGUGAUGAGGACAGCUUUUCAGUCAGUGGUGUUGGGGACCCUGGACGUCCCCAGGCCUGGGAGGAGUUGGGCUAUCAGGUCACAGCAGACACAGAAAUUAACUCACGACGACCCAAAGACCCACCUGCAGGGUCUGAAGAUGACAGAACCCCUGGAGGGGUCAGAGGGGACGACUGGCCACGUUGGAUGGUGUUUGGGUCCCACGUGGUGACAUGGGGUCACCUGGGGGGUGUCUCUGUCUGAGUGCCUCAGGGAGCCCCCAUUCCCGGUGGGUCCACAGUCCUCAGAUGACAGGGGUCCUCCUUCCUGUGCUGACGGGUUCUAGUGCAUGGGGGUGCGUGUGUCUGUGCGCACACGGGGCCGCAUGUUGUUCUGCCUGUGCAUCUCACGGGGGGGGGGUCUGUGUCUCCCCCUCAUGAGCCGUGCUCUGAGGACACGGGAUGCAGGUGCCCCGACCGAGGGCUUUCACGUCCUUCACAAGCGCACGUGGGGUCGGUGUGUCUGGACUCGGUCCCCCGGCUGCUGGGAACCAGGUCGGCUUUGACCUCACAGAGACGCUUUCUGUUUCUCCCGCUGUCAGACGGCAGACGCCGGCCCUGGAGGGUCGGGGGCUUUCUCUGUUCCGUUUCGUUCGAUCGUCAUCUAUCUCUGCAUCAAGAAGCCAAAAGAGGGAGGAUUCCAGCCCGUGUGCCGGGGGCUCCCCAGCGGGGCGCGCUACGAUUUGGAGCCCCUGGAGGAGAGGGAGUGACAGCCCGGGCUGGGGGCGGGGUCUGGGUGCUGGGGCUCCUCCCCCAUCCGGAGCCGCCGGAGGGGGAAACUACUUGGCAGCCACCCCGGUGCUUCUCCGCCGAGCCCCAGGCCCCUGGGCUCAGAGCCGACCUGCCCCUCGGCCGUCUGAAAGGUGAGGCGUCUGCAGCAUUUGUGUUUUUUUCUGGCGUGGGUCCCGGGGACUCGCUGGGAGCCGACGAAGAGAAGCUGCAGCUGAAGGUCCUACAUCAGCAGAGACUGUGACCUGGACCUUGUCACCCAGUACAGCCCGUGCCAGCCUGGCUCCUUCACCACCCACCGACACCCAGAGACGGCGUGCCUGCCCUGUGCUGAAUGCCGGGAGGGUGAGUGGGCGCAGUGAGCUCGGGGGCCCUUUGGUUCCCACAGCGCGCCCUGCAGCGACCUGGCUCCUAGGAAUCACCCCAAGGGCAGGUGUCACAGGAAGACCAUCGGCGUUUCAACAAGGACAGCCUGAGUCUGCACGUGGCUUUGGGCAGCGAGGACGGUGUGACAGAGUUGCUCCUGCCGACCCUGAGCUCAGUGUGUGUCCCCCCAUCAGGUGUCCCCGCUUUGUCUCCUUUCUCGGUUCCUCCAGCCGUCAGGGCACAGGCUGUCCGCUCUCUGGCUGACCUUGUUCCCAGGUGGUUUCUGCUUUCGGACGCAACCACAGGAGGGGCUGACGACACCUCCCUCUGGUUACCCUGUCACUGCUGCACGGAAGUGCACCCGUGUCCACGUUGUGUCCUGCGACCUCACUGCCUUCAUUUCCACGUUCUCACGAGAUUUUGUUCUCUCCAUUUUCCCUGAACCACUGCACCCCAACCCAGCCAUCCCCUAAAACAGUCAGGUAAUUUAAAGCACAGGGUGCAAAGGCCCUGGGCUUCUGCCCUGGGUGACAGGGGACCCCGUGGGAGGGGCUGCACAGGAGGGAGGUGAUGGGGCAGGACUCGCUGGCUGCUGUGCAGAGCGCGGCCUGCAGGGGGCAGCAGCGGGAUGGAGACUCAGAGCAGAGGGGCCUGGCUUCCUCAGGGGGUGGUCUGGGGGAGGCACCUGGCUGGGGCAGGGAAGUGUGGGCAAGUGGGGGGCUUCUGAGCAGUUUCCCACAGGAGAGCCGGGUGCUCCCUGCUGGCGAGGGAUAGGUACCUGCAUUACCGGUCCAUGUGUCAUGGCUGAUUUCCAUGGAGGGAUCCAAGGUGAAGAGGCCCCCAGGGGACAUUUGCAGAGGAGGCUCUGGGGUCACCAGUGAUGGCGGUGGUGCCUGGGUCAGCCCUGGGCAGGCAGCCUCUCCAUGUGGAACCCUCCUCCUCCUUCCAGUUGGUCCCUGCUGCCCAGCCCCUGCUGGCCCUCUCUCUGUGCACAGCAGGUCAGGAUGGGGAGGUGCCUGGUGCCCUGUCUGCCUGCCCUCCCUGUGUGCCUCGCCGUGGUCCAGCUGCUCAGCCCCUGCUCAGCUGAGUUUGCUGUGGUCGGACCCCCCGAGCCCAUCCUGGCCAUGGUGGGUGAAGACGCAGACCUGCCCUGUCACCUGUCCCCGGAGAUGAGCGCUGAGAGCAUGGAGCUGAUGUGGGUGCGACCCGGCCACAGGCAGGUAGUGCACAGGUACGCACACGGGCAGGAGGAGACGCCGGCAGAGGAGUUUCGAGGAAGAACUUCGAUUUCACGAGAGGACGUCACUGCGGGGAAGGCCGCUCUCCAGAUUCACAGCGUCAGCGUCUCUGACAACGGAACCUACCUGUGUUAUUUCCAAGAUGGAGACUUCUAUGCAGAAGCCCAGGUGGAGCUGCAGGUGGCAGCACUGGGCUCUGAUCCCCACAUUGCAAUUAAGGGCUACGAGGCUGGAGGGAUCCGAGUGAACUGCACGUCUGCCGGCUGGUACCCGCAGCCCCAGAUCCAGUGGAGAGACGCCGGGGGACAGAGCUUGUCCUCGGAGGCAGCAUCUGAGGCUGCAGACCCCCAGGGCCUUUAUGCAGCCUCAGCGUCUGUGAUCCUGGAAGGCGGAUCUGGGGAGGGGGUCUCCUGUGUCAUCAGAAACCCCCUGCUGGGCCAGGAGAGGUCAGCCAGGCUUUCCAUCCCAGGUGCCUUCUUCAGGGACACACAGCCUUGGAAGGUGGCCUUCAUCGUGACCCUGCUGCUGCUCCUUGCGGGGCUCCUGUUCGGUGUGUGGUACUUGCUGUGGCGACAGCGGAAGAGGAUCUGGGCCCUGUUCCAGGAGGAGGGGAGAGCAGAAGCUCAGAAAGACGCAGCGCGGGCAGAGCUGCGUCUGCAGCAAAGCACCCAAGCCACGAACAGGAUCUACUCCAAAUGCGGGCAGGAGGUUCCCAAAUCUAGCUGGAGGAUGUUCAUGAGGCUCUCGAGACUGGAGGAGAACCACCUUGUCAUCUGUGAGCACGAGGACCCGGGGACCCUGACUGAGCAGCACCACAGGACGCUGCCGCGCUGGCAGAGCGAGCUGGGGCGCGCCGCGUCCCCCUGCAGGCUCGUGGCGGCCCUCCGUGAGAUGCAGCUGCGGGAGCAUCUGUAGAAUGUUACCAACGAGCUGGUGCUGAAGGUAUCUUAGGUCGUGAGGACACAGAGCCCCGAACUGGAGUCAGCUCUUUCGGCAACAGCUGCGACUUAGCAGCAUCCUGGGUGCUGACCUUCCCCAGGUCCCUUCCCGUGGGCGCCUUCACAGGUCCCAGAUGGGGACGG